UUGUGGUGAUGCUGUUUUCUCCACGUAUGUAAAACCAUCGUGAACGACAAUCCAGAAAUAUUCCGAUCAACAAUGGCUGUGGAAGUUGUUCGCUCUGUUGUWGAACUAGAUCAUCUCUAUGCUAAACAAGAAGAAGAUAUUUUGGGCCUAAAUAAAGAUGUGAAUCUUUCUGAAGCAAUCGACAGUCUGGCUGAGCUAAGUGAGACUGACCUCAUCAACUUAUUCUUUGGCAAUAACGAUUCAAAGAUUGAAGACGUCCCAUUUUCAGCUUUUGACGAGCUGCAACUUUCCCCAGCCAGUGACAGCACAUCAUCCGAGUCAUAUAUGACCCCAAGCCCUGAAACCAUGGAUUUUGAUAGCCUGUCAUCACCAGAAGGGCUYUCCAACUCAAAUGAUGAUUUUGCCAUCAGUGUUGAUUUGGAUUGGCUAUCAACGUUAGAUGAAGGUAUCGUACCAGUAAGUGAAGCCCCAGUCCAACAGCCAGUCACUGUUUCACAGUCCACUUCAAUUGAUAUCCUUAAUGAACCCAUUGUGUCGUCAACAUCUGCACCAAUGGAAACACCAGUCAAGUCAACGUACAGACCUUACAAGAAACCAGGGCUUCCCUUAGUACUAUCUGAAGAAGAACAGAGAUUAUUAGCUGAAGAAGGAGUCUCUCUUCCAACUGAUGUCGCAUUAACAAAAGCUGAAGAAAGAGUACUGAAGAAAGUUCGUCGAAAAAUUAAAAACAAGCAAUCAGCACAAGAAAGUAGGAAGAAAAAGAAAGAUUAUGUUGAUGGACUUGAGAAAAGAGUACAAGUUUGCACUGAACAGAACAGAAGUCUACAAAGAAAAGUUGAUCAGCUUGAAAGUCAAAAUAACUCACUACUUGCACAGCUAAAACAACUUCAAGCCAUUGUUGCAUCRACCCAUCCCACCAAAACACAAGCAGGGACUUGUCUUAUGGUUCUUGUCUUGGCGUUUGGUUUAGUGCUCUUUCCUCUGAAUAACAAUGUCAAAGAUACCACAAACCCAACUACUGUUUCAUCAUAUGCUACUUCCAAYGUUCGAUCACGCACGCUUCUACAAGUAAAYGAUGACUAUGUUCAUGACGAGGUUGUAAACACAGCCAAAUUAAAUCCCAAUGGAUCAGACGUAUAUUUACAGUCAAUUGAACUUAACUGGAAUCAAGGUGAUAACAUGGAAAGCUUAAAGGAUUUGAGCACAACUUUGAACCAAGARGAAAACAAGGAGAAUGUAAAUCCAGAAAAGCCAAUGAGGACUGAAAAAAGGUGAUUGACAGGAAGGAUGUAAUAUCGACAAUGCAUGUUGUUGCUAUAUUCAGCAAUUCUUGCAUGUAAAUUUGUAAUAAUUAUUGUUCAUGGUAUAUUAUGAUUUAAUAAAGAUAAAUUAGAUUUUAUCAUCUAAAGAUGAGUGUCUCUACCAAGACCACAAUAAAAAGACUUAAUACCAUUUUCACAAAUUACUUUCAAUUCAUUAUAUUAAAAUUGAUUUUUGUAUUAUCACAAAAUUAAUAAUCAUGUACCUUUCUAUAAUAUUUCAGUAACAUUUUGUAAAUAUWAAUUCAUUAUUACAAAAAGUUGACAGAGAAUUCUCGCGGGCGGUCUUGGUAGAGACACUAAUGUAAAUAUAUACUGUAUAAAUCAUAUGUUAUAUUGGUGUAACAGAGAACAAACAGUGUGCAAAAUAAAUAGUAAAUUAUGCCAAUUCAAUUAUUUUCUAUUCACAGCAUGUUUUUUACCUCUAAAUAGUGCYAAAUGUUGCACACUUUUAGUGUCUGAAUGUUUCACAUGAAUGUUUUUAUGACUUCGCUCUCUAGUUAGUAAAACUACAAUUAUGUUUCCCAAGGUAUAGAAUACUGACAACCUCAUUGUUCGCAAUGUAAAUAUCAGAUUUUUUUUACCAUCACAAUAAUCUUUAUAUCAAAAUUAUGUUAUAUAUAAGGUCUUCAAUCUUUUUUGUAAAUAAUCCCAUAAAUUAUACACCAUACAAAUAAAAGAUGAGCUUGA